AUGGCUUUAAGUGGACAAAUACUCCCCAUUGGGCAACCAGUUGUAGCCAUUGUGCAAUGGUUAUGGGUCCCGCUCGGACGUCAAAUCAGCUAUAUCAAAAAUCUUGAAGAAAAUUUUGAGAAGCUGAAAGUGAAAGCGAUAGAUCUCUACAACAAAAGGACGGAUGUAAAUAGAGAGAUAAACAGAGAUAUCAUAUCAAAAAUGCCAACAGCAGAAUGCCGAACUUGGCUUCAGAAGGUGGGAGAGAUGGAAACUAAAGUCAAUGACAUAGAAAGAGAGUUCCAGGAAAAUAAGAGUUGCAUUGGCACAUUAUGCCCCAACAUUUGGUGGCAGAGGAAUCUGGGUAAGAAAAUUGUGACUAUGAUAGAUGACAUUGUUAUUCUCAAGGACGACUCAUUGCUUUCAAGAAGAUAUGUGGUUGAGGUACCUCCACAGCCAGUUGAGCCAAUUCCUGCACCAACUAUAGAAGGCAAUAAUACAUCAAUUAAUCGUACUGUCCAGGAGAUAUUAAGAUGCAUAACAGAUUGUGAUAAACAGAAAAUUGGCAUAUGGGGCAUGGGUGGACUUGGAAAGACAGCUUCAAUAAAGCUUAUACACAAUUUACCUGAAAUAACAGUUCUGUUCGACAUGGUUAUUUCGGUAACUGUGUCCAAAGAUGGAGGUAUAAGAAAGGUACAAAAGGAUAUUAUAGAGCAUCUAUCAUUGAAUUUUGAUGAUAAGGAGUCUGUUGAAAGAACAGCCCAGAAAAUUUUACAACGAUUGAGUUGUGUGAAUUAUUUGCUGCUUCUAGAUGACUUAUGGCAAAAAAUGGAUCUGGAAAUAAUAGGAAUUCCCAACCCAAGCAAACAAAAUGGCUGCAAAAUGAUAAUAACGACUCGGUCCAUGGUUGUCUGUAACAAAAUGGAGAUUGAUGAACAAAUUAAAGUUAAAGUCUUAUCUGAAGAAGAGGCAUGGAACAUGUUUCGUGAAAAGGUCGGGAACGUUGUAGAUUCACAGGAUAUAAGAGAAAUAGCUACACAGGUUGUUCGAAAAUGUCAAGGUUUGCCACUUGCCCUUAUUGUGAUAGGAGGGUCCUUAAGAAAUAAGUGUGACCUGUGUGAAUGGAGAAAUGCAUGGAUGGAGUUGAGUUCGAAUAGGCACGAAAUUAUUGAUGACAUGGAAGAAUCUGUCUUUAUGAUAUUAAAGUUCAGUUACGAUCAUUUAAAGAGCACCAAUAUGAAGAAUUGCUUUUUAUAUUGUGCUUUAUACCCUGAGGACUAUCAGAUUCCAGAAACAGAACUUAUACAACGUUGGUGGGUAGUGGGUUUCAUCGAUGGUGCUUUAAGCUUGAAUGCGGCAUAUGAUAAAGGGCAUGCUAUAAUAAAUUACCUAAAAAUGGUGUCAUUGUUGGAAGGAGAUGGCCUACAUCAGGUAGUCAAGAUGUAUGAUGUCAUUAGAGAUUUGGCAUUAAUACUCACAUCAUCAUCAGCACCAUUGUCUGCUAAAAUAGUGCGAGAGGAUGGUAACCAGUUCUUGGUUAGAAGAAAUAUUGGAAUAGAGGAGCUCUCAAAUGAGGACGAUUGGGGACAGUUCCAAAGGAUCUCCUUGAUGCAUAAUAAAAUUCGCAAUCUACCUGAGAACCCCACAUCCCUCUUACUUGUGACAUUAUUUUUGCAGCAUGAUAGAAGAUUGACUAGAAUUCCAGAAUCAUUCUUCGAGCAUAUGCACAAUCUUCGAGUUUUGGACCUAUCAUACACUAAUGUCAAUGCAACACCAUCUGCUGUCUCCAAUUUAGUAAGCCUUCGAGGAUUAUAUCUCUUCAAUUGUUUCUCAUUGGUUACUCUACCAUCCCAAAUGGGGAAUCUGAAAAAACUUCAGGUGCUUCAUUUGGGAGGCAAGCUUGGCAAGUUUGAGUACUUACCUAUUGAAAUUCAGCAACUUGUGCUCCUUAAUCUGCAAGUGUCAUUUAAAAAUAUACCAAGUGCAAAUCGACUGAUGUUUCCUAAUGGAAUUAUAUCAAGACUCUCUCUAAUCGAAGACUUGAGCAUACAUUUAGACACUGUAGGGUAUCAUUCUCCAAAGUUUGGAGAAACCAUUGCAGAAGAGAUGGCUAGCUUAAAGCAACUAACUCAACUUGAGUUUCACUUUACAUUGGAAAGUUUUGAGCAUUUUCUAUGUGAAAGUUGUCAAUGGGAAAAUCAAAGCUUGAAGUCUUUUCGGUUCAUGGUGGAGUGCAGCAACUAUGAAGAGCGAUUCCCUAUGUUUGAUUCUGAAGAAGAAACAUCAAAGAUGCGAUACUUAAGAGUGUUGGGAGUAAUUACCCACCCACUGUAUAUGCAGAUGUACUUCAUCGGGCCAAUGGUUUUCAUUUACGAGGCCAUCAGACUUCUCAAGGGCUAUUGGAUUUUGGCUUGGAGAACUUGA